CCGCUAUGGUUUCUCUUGGGGUGGUUGGCAUUUUCCUCCUCUCUGCUCUCCCCCUCUUGUGUCUGGAGCUCCGGCGUGGGGUCCCAGAUCUAGGAAUCAAAGAUCUUAUUUUGCUAUGUGGCCGGAUUUUCUUACUGCUUGCUCUUCUUACAUUAAUUAUUUCGGUGGCUACCUCAUGGAUUAACUCGUUUAAAUCUACCCAAGUUUAUCUGAAAGGGGUGACCAGUGGCUGCAGCAUAGCAUACCGCACCUCGUGUGAGAAUGGGCUUCCAUGCUUUAUCUUGGAGCUGCUGAAAUGCUGUAGGUGGCUGCAGGAAAAAAAUCCACAUCAUUAUUCUUGAAGCCUCCUCACCAAAGCUGUAACACAAUAUUACUACAUGUCAGAGAAUUUUCAUCUCAGAACAGACCUUUUCUUUACAGAUCUUGCUUGUGGAUUUCUUUGUUUCAACUGUCUGUGUGUAUUUCAUUUUCAUUAUUUGAAAAAUGCAGCAUAUUUUUUUUAAGGCUUGUUUCCCCCAAAAUGUUAAGAUCUACAGAGUACUUUCAGAGAAGAUAGCAUUCAACUUUACCAAUACUGAGGAAUUAAAAAAAAAAGCACUUUUAUGUUUUGGUGUCUUAGAAGAAGAAGAAGAGAAGAAUGAGAAAAAGCAAAAACUUGUGAGGAAAAAACAACAAGAGGCACAAGGUGAAAAGGCCAGCAGAUACAUAGAGAAUGUUCUAAAACCUUACCAGGAAAUGAAAUUGAAAAGGCUGGAAGAACGCUUUUAUCAGAUGACGGGUGAAACCUGGAAGUUAAGCAACGGACAUAAACUUGGGGGCGAUGAAGAUUUGGUGCUUGAAAGUGAGAGUCAUACAUCUUCUGAAACAUCAAACAGAGAAGCAGCAAAGAGACGAAACUUGCCUAAGCUUUUAACCAGAGUUUCACCACCUGCUGCACAGCCCACGCAGAAGAAGGUUCUCGAUUUACCUGAAGAACCUCCUGAAACAGCUGAAGAAGUCGUGACUGUCGCUCUCCGAUGUCCCAGUGGGCGUGUCCUGAGGAGAAGGUUUUUUAAGUCUUGCAGUUCACAGGUCUUGUUUGACUGGAUGAUGAAAAUUGGGUACCACCCAUCCCUAUACAGCCUUGCCACCUCCUUUCCCAGAAGGCUUCUGGAAGUGGAGGAAGGCUGGUCCCUGCAGGACCUAGGAAUAACCGUGGAUACCAUACUCAACGUGGAAGAGAAGGAGCAGAGCAGCUAGUUAAGAAAUGCAGACCAUCAGUUCUGCAUGAAAUCAGUUGUGCUGUGGCCUUACAGGACAAUAAAGGAUUCACAUUAAAAUUGUGCCAUACCUUGACUUAGCUCAAGGCAGUAAACACUUUUUUUUUUUCAUUCUUUUUUUGGCCAUCCUUGAAGCAUACGGAGUUACCAGGCUAGGGGUCAGAUCUGAGCCGCAGUUGUGACCUACAUACAGUAGCUGUGGCAACGAGAUCCUUUAACGCACCACGCCAGGCCGGGGAUCAAAACUGCAUCCUGGCACUGCAGAGAUGCUGCCUCUCCUGUUGCGCCCCAGUGGGAAUUCCCUUAAACACUUUAGUGUUGAUCUCCAUGGGAACAUAAAUGGACAUAAAGAAUUAGAAGAGGAUUGCUCUCUUGAUAUGAUCAUUUUGUGCCAUCUUAUAAUAAACCAAAUGAGAACUUGGUA